GAAAUAUUUUACACUCAGAUAGCGCGCUUGUUACGGUUCGCUCGAAUUGUUUUCGCGUGAGCGAUCCGCAGUUCAAUGGUUUUGUGUGUGUGGCUUUUGACUUUACUUCUAAGGUCCGUUAUUUCUCAUCAAUUUGACUUGAUUCAUGAGUCUGAAAAUGCUGGAAUGAAUUCCAAUUUACGUCUGGAGUUGGAAAAUUUCGCUGGGAAUAUUUCUGCCGCUUAUGUCACAAAAUGGUACAAGAAUGAUCAAAUUCAGACAGAAACAUUGCUUAAUGGAAGCAUGUCGUACUGUUUACGGGAUUACUUGCGAAUUGCACGAGCCGUUAUUUCUGGUGAAUCCUGGCCUUAUAAAUUUAUUGAUGCGUCUGCAAAGAUUCCGGCUGGUUUGACUGGUGGUGCUUUAACGUGGUCAGGAAGCUACGAACUCUGUAAAACAAUUGAGUCCACACCGUCUGCAAAUGAGUCGGCAAUUCGAGGAAGAUACUGUACUAUCCGAUUCCCCGUGACCAUAAAUGACCCAGAUGUGGCGAUUGAUAUAGGCAUCCAGAUUGGAUUCUGUCUUCCAUUUGACUGCAGUACCGAUGAAAUGCGAAAACUUGUAAGGGCAGUACUUGCAUUGCCACGACUCCAGAUUGACGACCGUUAUUCGUACUGUCACUUGGGUCCAGAGGAAAUGGCAUCAGAUAAAUUCUUCAUUUUUGCCGUGAUUAUCCUCACUAUCCUUGGCAUCCUGGUCCUCGUGGGUACACUUAUCGAUCUGGGGUUAUAUAUAAAGUGGAAGUCUACUAUUUCGUACGAACCCGUUGAUCAGUUCGAAUCGCUAUUAUUUAACGAAGAAUCUUCGUCUGUUAUGGCAUCUUCAUCAAGUGUACAAAGUGAUGAGCAAGGUGUCUCUGCGUCCACACGCCCACCAGAAACAUUUUCAGCAUAUUCAGAUUACAGAAAUGACUUCUACUACAAGUAUGCCUGUUGUGGAGCAUGUCUACUGGUCUUUUCGUUUCCAUACAACUUGUACAAAUUUUGGAACACCAAGAGCCCACAGAUUAAAGACGCUGACGGUCACUGGAUUACUCACCCGCUCGCAGCUCUAGACGGGAUUCGUGCUAUUACUCUCAGUUGGAUUAUCUACGUCCACACGUUAACCUUUCAAGUGUACUAUAUGAGCAACGCCUUACUAUUCCAAGACAAGCAAUAUAAGGACUGGAGGUUUCAACUUACCCGGAAUGGCUCAUUCAGUGUGGACACAUUUUUUCUGAUCUCGGGUCUACUUUCGUGUUAUAUCCUCAUACCAAACAGUGAGAAAUGCACAGGAAUCUGCGCCAAAAUUUGGUUCUGGUUACACUAUGCUGUUCACCGAUUUCUGAGAAUCGCCCCAAGUUGGUUUGUAGUAACUAUCGCCUUUACCGGGUUGUUCCCAUACAUGACGGACGGACCGCUUUAUCCACAAAAUCCGGCUGCGGAAGACGAUUUGGCUGCCUGUCGUGAUCACUGGUGGGUGACUUUUCUGAACAACUGGAUUCACACGGACAAACCUUGUAUGCUGUGGACGUGGUAUCUUUCGAACGACUAUCAGUUCAGUGUUGUCCUGGUACCCAUAUUUGCUGCACUGUUGGCCAUACACUGGAUUGCCGGCAUUCUGUUCGCCGUUGCCCUAGUUGUUAGUUCAUCUGCUGCUACAUUUGUGAUUACCUACCAGUAUGAAUACGGUCCAUCUCCAAUACCCUUGAAAAGCAUGGAGCAUCUAUACUCGGCAGCUUAUGCAAGAUGGGGAAGCUACGCAAUCGGGAUGAUUCUUGGCUGGUGGUUGUACUACCGUCCAAUCAAAGGAACGGGUCGUCGCUUCUGGGUUCGAUGUGUGACAUCAACGGCUGCGAGUGCCGCGGCAGCCUUUCUCACCUUAUGCUGUCUUUUCGGAUUGUACGGGCGACUCCACACUGAAGUAAACCCUAUGAGCAACCUGGAAGCCUCGUUCUAUGCAGCUCUGUCUCGGCCGGUUUGGUCCAUCGGCAUUGCCAUAUGUAUAUACCUUUGUGCCGCAGAUUGGUCGUCCGCCGUUAAUGCUCUACUCACCUUCGCCGGCUUUCGAGUGCUGGCUCGGUUGACCUACUGUGCCUACUUGAUUCAUCCUAUCAUCAUAAUGUACUACGGAUUUUCGCGAAGUGAAGCGGCACAUAUGGACAAUACAUUUUUGUUCUUCACUUUUCUUGCCGUAUGGCUUCUAUCUCAACUUAUGGCCCUUAUCAUAUCCAUGUGCACCGAAGUCCCAGUGAUUGUCAUGGAGAAUACUCUGAGGCGCAAACGUAGUCGCCAGGGUGCAGAAGAUGCGAAGUGAAUUAAAUUAUCACGCUCGUUUUCGAGUGGUCUAUCUCAACAGCUCGAAAGCUUUUGAUCACUUUUGCUUAUUCUUUAUGACAGAUCAUUUUGACUUUACAAAGUGCCUUGUACUUGUUUUUCAGAACGUUUGUUUAUAUAUCCAUUCCUAACUGUUGUGACUUUUGAUUUAUUCUUAACCACGUUUUUUAAAAUACUUUUUUUGUGACUAAAUUUUGG